CUCUCUCUCGCUCCCCCCCUCCGCUCCUUCGUUCCACGUUGCUGCUGGUCUUCGACCCCCUCUCCCCCCCCCUCUCCCCAAAGCAUGCUCUCCCGCAUUGCCACUUCCGGUAUCACCGCCACUGCUGCCCGGACUUUUACCACCUCCGCUGCCGUCGCCGCCGCCAACAUGCCCAAGGAUUUCAACCAGAUCGCCAAGUCCCUCGAGGAGCACAAGGACUCCGCCGGGAACCUCCCCCUCCUGCGCUUCGGCGACGUUUCUGACCCCGCGGUCAUCGUCCUCCAGGAGUGGUGGGGCAUCAACGGCGACGUCAAGGACCACGCCCGGCAGAUCGCCGCGCGCGGCUACGAGGCCGUCAUCCCCGACCUCUAUCGCGGCAAGUCCACCCUGGAGGUGGCCGAGGCCGAGCACCUGAUGAACGACCUGGACUUCGCCAAGGCCAUCACCGACCUGGACGCCCUGAUCAAGCAUGUCCGCGAGACCAAGGGCUGUGCCGGGGUCAACCGCCCUGUCGUGCUGACUGGCUUCUGCAUGGGCAGCAUUCUGGCCCUGGCCACUGCUGCCAAGGCGGAGAACCGUGUUGACGGUGUUGUUGGCUUCUACGGCGUCCCCUCGGCCGAUGUUGCCGACCUGACCCAGAUCAAGGCGCCGGUCCAGGCUCACUUCGGUGUCAAGGACCCCUUCGAUAUCUCCGACCCCAAGGCCUCGGCUCGCCUGGCCGUCAUGCUGGCCGCCUCUGGCGUGGAGCACGAGAUCUUCAACUAUGAGGAGCAGGGCCACGGCUUCCUCAACAGCUCCGAGUGGUAUGCCGGUAUGCGGCCGAUCCUCGGCGCCCCGCCCACCGACCCGACUGACAUCGAGCUGGCCUGGUCUCGCUUCUUCGCCUUCGUCGAUAAGGUCACCAACAAGGAGAAGUAAGCGGCAUGGCAAGAUGGAGGAUGUCCAUCUGGCAAAAUGUGCCCCUUCCUUCGGGAGGGCAGCGAAGUAGUUGCUGCGUUCGCAUGUGCACCUCCCCCCUCUCGCUGUGUUCCUGUCGCGAGGGGCGCGCACAUGCGGGCAAUCGCGUGUGUGUGGGUGUGUCUGUGCCUUAAGAUGUGUAUGGCUGCGUGUGGAUGGGGACCCUCCUCUCCCACUCGGAUCACCCGCACCCACCCACCCACCCACCCACUCGCACACAUCGUGCAUGUCCUCGGGCGCUCCACCUGCUGGCCUCAUGCGCGCAGGGGAGCACAAGCGACUCGCUUUCCCCCCUCCCCCCCUCUGUCUCGUUGUCCAAUCACCUUCCCCCUCGCCCCUCAUAAAAUGAAACCAAAAUAAAGCGGGCCUCCGCGCGCGUGCGUGUGCACGCAUGGAGAUCCCACAUUCCGUC